GCACCAAUGAUACAGGAUCAGGCUACAGCAUUGCAGCAAGCUCCGGCAGGGAGACGGAGCAUCUAGCUAUCCUACACCGUGUCCGGCUGCGGUUAGCUCCUGUCCCCUGCUAUCCCCUCCGGCCAGAGUGGUCAGGGAGCCGAGCCCGGCUGCGGGCUCCAGUGGCCGGAGAGGGAGAUCCAGGAGCUCCGGUACUGCAGCAACAUGGACCGUCUGAUCGGGCUGCUGCUCGGCUUCAGCGCCGUGUUCCCGCUGCAGAGCCAAGCAGCGCCCAAAGUGGUGAAUAUCGGCGCGGUCCUGAGCACCAAGAAGACGGAGAAUAUCUUCAGGGAGGCGGUGGCGCAGGCGAACCGGAAGCACGGAACCUACAAAAUCCAACUCAAUGCCACAGCGGUCACUCACAAACCCAAUGCUAUCCAGAUGGCCCUGGCAGUGUGUGAGGACCUGAUCAGCAGUCAGGUGUAUGCGAUAUUGGUGAGUCACCCACCUGGUCCAAGUGACCACCUCACUCCUACCCCUGUGUCUUACACAGCUGGCUUCUAUCGAAUUCCUGUCAUUGGCUUGACCACACGCAUGUCAAUAUAUUCAGAUAAGAGUAUCCAUCUAUCUUUUCUCCGCACUGUGCCACCGUACUCCCAUCAAGCACAUGUCUGGUUUGAAAUGAUGAGGCGUUUCCGUUGGGGACACAUCAUUCUAGUGGUUAGUAAUGACCAUGAGGGCCGGGCAGCACAGAAGAAGCUGGAGACGCUCUUGGAAGAAAAGGAAUCAAAGAAUAAAAAAAGGAACUUUGAAAACAACGACCAACAUUCGUAUGACAGCAGGCGAGGACCAAAGGCUGAGAAGGUCCUACAGUUUGAACCAGGCACCACAAACAUGACAUCAAUGCUGCUGGAAGCCAAGGAGUUGGAGGCCAGAGUCAUCAUCCUAUCAGCCAGCGAAGAUGAUGCUGUAACAAUGUACAAGACAGCAACCCUCCUGAAUAUGACUGGGUCUGGCUAUGUUUGGCUUGUUGGUGAAAGGGAGAUAUCUGGCAGGGCCAUGCAGCAUGUUCCAGAAGGUGUAAUUGGUUUGCAACUGAUCGAUGGUAAAAAUGAAACAGCCCACAUUAAUGAUGCUGUGGGUAUUGUGUCACAAUCCAUUCACGAGCUCUUUGAGAAGGAAAACAUCACUGACCCCCCAAAAGGUUGUGUGGGGAACACUAACAUCUGGAAAACUGGGCCACUCUUUAAAAGGGUUCUGCUGUCCACCAAGUAUCGUGAAGGGUUCACUGGACAAGUGGAAUUUAAUGAUGAAGGGGAUCGAAAAUUUUCUAACUACAGCAUUGUCAACGUGCAAAAAGGGAAGUUGGUGCAGAUUGGAGUGUACAAUGGGACUGAUGUUCUGCUGAAUGAUAAGAAAAUCAUCUGGCCAGGUGGCGAACUAAAUACACCUAAAGGCUUUCAGAUGUCAACUAAACUGAAGAUUGUCAGUAUUUACCAGGAGCCUUUUGUAUAUGUGAAGCCAACACUACCAGAUGGAACAUGUGAGGAAGAGUAUACAAUUAGCGGGGACCCCAUUAAAAAAGUGAUCUGCACAGGACCAAAUGCAACUGUGCCAGGCCGUCCCAUUGUCCCUCAGUGCUGCUAUGGAUUCUGUAUUGAUUUGCUGAUCAAGCUUGCAAGCACCCCGACACUGAACUUUACCUAUGAGGUUCACCUGGUCCACGAUGGGAAAUUUGGGACACAAGAAAGAGUGAAUAACAGCAAUAAGAAGGAAUGGAAUGGGAUGAUGGGCGAACUGUUGAGUGGGCUUGGUGAUAUGAUCGUUGCCCCUCUCACCAUAAAUAAUGAACGUGCCCAGUAUAUUGAAUUCUCCAAACCCUACAAAUACCAAGGACUCACCAUUCUAGUGAAGAAGGAAAUACCUCGCAGUACCCUGGAUUCAUUCAUGCAGCCAUUUCAGAGUACACUAUGGUUGCUGGUGGGUCUGUCUGUUCAUGUGGUAGCUGUGAUGCUUUAUCUCCUGGAUAGAUUCAGUCCGUUUGGGCGAUUUAAGGUGAACAGUGAGGAGGAAGAGGAAGAUGCACUGACCCUGUCCUCAGCCAUGUGGUUCUCCUGGGGUGUCCUGCUGAACUCUGGAAUUGGAGAAGGUGCUCCAAGGAGUUUCUCUGCUCGAAUCUUGGGCAUGGUUUGGGCUGGAUUUGCCAUGAUUAUUGUUGCUUCAUACACAGCCAACCUGGCAGCUUUUCUGGUGUUGGACAGACCCGAGGAGCGGAUCACUGGAAUCAACGAUCCCAGGCUUCGAAAUCCUUCCGAUAAAUUUAUCUAUGCUACAGUGAAGCAGAGCUCUGUGGAUAUUUACUUUCGUAGGCAGGUAGAACUGAGCACCAUGUACCGGCACAUGGAGAAACACAAUUAUGAGAAUGCAGCUGAUGCUAUCCAGGCUGUGCGAGAUGGAAAACUGCAUGCAUUUAUCUGGGACUCAGCUGUGCUGGAGUUCGAAGCAUCCCAGAAGUGUGAUCUCAUCACCACAGGCGAACUGUUUUUCCGAUCAGGUUUUGGGAUUGGAAUGCGGAAGGACAGUCCAUGGAAGCAGGCUGUGUCACUUGCUAUAUUGAGUUUCCAUGAAAACGGCUUUAUGGAGGACUUGGACAAGACCUGGGUGAGAUAUCAGGAGUGUGACUCACGUAGCAAUGCUCCAGCCACUCUGACCUUUGAAAACAUGGCAGGUGUCUUUAUGUUGGUAGCUGGGGGGAUUGUUGCAGGAAUAUUUUUGAUAUUCAUUGAAAUUGCUUACAAACGCCACAAAGAUGCUCGAAGAAAGCAGAUGCAGCUGGCCUUUGCUGCUGUCAAUGUCUGGAGAAAGAAUUUGCAGGAUAGAAAAAGUGGUAGCGCAGAGCCUGACCCUAAAAAGAAAGCACCUUUUAGAUCGCUCACUUCAACACUGACCUCCAGCUUCAAGAGACGUAGGUCUUCCAAAGACACGCAAUACCAUCCUGAUAUAAGUGGGCAACUGAACCUCUCAGACCCUUCUGUCAGCACAGUGGUGUGAUUCUGUCCAGAACAUUGAUGUUUAAAAUCAGAAAGAAAUAUGAGACUCAAGAAUUACUGGCCAAAGCAGCAAGAGUUUAGAACACCAGCAAAUGACCAGAGUGAAAGGGGAGGAAAGUAAAAAAACUACAAUGGAAUCACAAAAUCAUCAGUGUUAGUAUAUUCUGAAAAUCUGCGGUGUUAAAGUUACUGAGCCUUCUCUGCUACUCAGCAAAGUAUUACAUACAAACUAGGAACAGAAGUAUGCCAUUUGGCCCCUCAAGUCUGUUCUGCCAUUCAAUAAGGUCAAGUUUGAUCUGUUUUUUGUCCCGAAUUCUACAUUCCCGUCUAUCCCAAUAACCUUUGAUUCCCAUCCCUAUCAAGAAUCUAUCUACCUCUGCCUUAUCAGUAUUUUUGGUUACAUAUCAAGUCUUUAGUACAAAUUAUUCAACAAACUUAUUGCUAAAAUUAUUCAUCAAAAACUCUUAUUCACCGCACAAUUUUUAUGAAAGUUACUCAGCAAAUUAUUAACACAGAGGAAAAUGGGUGGCAUGGUGAGUUAGCACAGUACACCUCUGAGACCUAACAUGAACCAAUCCCAGACAAAGGUGGGACUGUUUCAAUUCAGUAUUAGGCAUUAGGCACAGAAUGACCACUUAUUCAGCACAAAUUGACACAUAAUUGGCAAACUCAAAUCACAUGCAGGAAAGGGAGGGCCACUGUAAGAAAAAAAGUCACAUUAGUGCAGGACAUGUAUGCAUUUUGAAGGGAUGCUAGGGGAUUGUAGAACUUCAUGAGCUAGAAAAGAGUACAAACGUGUUGAAUUAGUGAAGAUUAUUGUUCAAAAUCUACAGUUACUGUUAAGUUUUUGUCACCUGACUUAUUUAGCUAUGUUCUAAUACAACGGGAGCAUGAUUUCUUACAUUUGUUAAUAUUAGUGAAAAAAGUAAAUUUCAGUAAGAACGCAGCAAACAUGCAGUAAAAUGUUGCAAGGAAUGGGAGGGUAAUCCUGUAAGAAAGUGAGAAAAAUCCCAAAUUAAUAAAAGAAAGGCCAUUUUGAAAGACAUUAAUGGAAGCUUUUCCAGAACUUUAGAGAUUAAUUUAGAGAUCAGGAACAUCGGGAAAAUGGCAAGAAGAAAAAUGUAGUGGAUUAGCUUCCUGACACAGUCAUGCUUCCCUAGAUUUGUACCUAAUACAGUUUCAGACUGGUGACAGCAACCCAUCUCUCAGUCCCAAGGAGCAAACUGAAGAAACUACAGAUGCAAUUUAGCAGGCACUUUUGGAAUGCUAUGUCAUUCUGUCAGUGGCACUCGAAACCCCCGCUGGUCAACAGUUUGUCUACCCAGAGGAAGUGAGAACAGAGCAAGUGGUCAGACAUCCAUGUCUUUCCUCUGCAGUUGUCAUUUUAAACUACUUGUAUUGUUACUCUGAAGAGCAAAAUUGGCAAUCUUCAGGACAUCCACAGACAAACACUUGUUACUUGCAAAUGAAUCUGUUGUUUAGUGCUGGGCAUGAGGAAUUACUGUUAGCUCUAGUAACUCAAUUGCACCUCCAAACAUUGAUAUAAUGUUCUGCAUUCAACUCAGCAGCACACAGUGAGUUUGCAGGCCAGCCUUUGGAAUGGGAGCCCUGAUUCUCGUGAAUGUCCUGCUUUGGCCACCCCCUCCCCCCAUCAUCUUUAAUUGGGUGCACAACUGGAAGAAGUUCACAAUUGGCUUCCUCUGGGAAGAUUGCAGUGGAUGUUCUGCCAUAUCCAAAUCUAGGUUUACAAACUGGAAAUCAGCCCAAUGCCUACUCGCAACUCCAACAGAAAAACUAAGUCCAAAUGUUUCUAACACUAAUAAUCAAUUAUGAGAAAGCAUAUCCCAGAUUAUUUCCUGAACAAUGAAGGGGAAAUGAGAGGAACUGUUUCACUGGGUCAUUCAGACAUGGAACAUUUCACUAGAAGUGGUAUUUGCAAUCAGGCCAUAAUUUUAUUUGUAACAAAAUUGUAUAUGUAUUUGAAAAGCAAGAAUAUACACGCAUAUGAGAAAGAUGAGAAAAAAGGAUUAGAGUAGAUAACUUCACCUUAUGAGCUAAAGGUUCUUUCUGUGUUGUGAUUUCUACAAAAGUGGAAAAGCUUACUUUAUAGUCGAAUCAAUUGCUUUACCAACAUCAGUGAAUGGAUAACAUUAAUUUAGUGGGAUAUCAUUAGUUAUCAUGUGCCAUGCACUGGGCCAGUAUCAUGAUGUACUGGCAACUAUUCAUAUCUUUAGUGUUGGUUUACUGUUCGGACAAUAGGAUUCUACAAAAUAGCAGAAUGAGCAAGGCACCCCAGCCUCUGCAGCAUGUCCUUUACCUGAUACAAAAUGUAGAAAUUCCCAGAGAUUAUGAACUGUCCAAACUAGGCCCAGUCUGUGGGAAUCAUUCCAAAGAUCUUUAGGGCUUUGAAACCAUUAGGUUCUAACAGUUCCAUUAUGUAAAUAAGGCAGAGAUCCUUCUUCGGAAGGAAAUAAAUGGAUGGACUGGGGGGAAUCAGAUGGGGUGAACUUAAAAGAACAUUUAAUAUCUUCUAGAAAUUUUGUGACAUCCUGUCUCAUACAAGACACUAUUAAUUAAAUAUUUCACAUCUCAACUCAACCAAAUCACCAUCUUCUAAUUUACUGACAGCUUUUCAUUUACAAACAGAAAAUGCCACUAACACCUUACUGAUCUGACGGCAUCAAAAGAGAAACCGCGUGAAUGUCUUAGAUUGUCACUUCAUCAGAAUUUCCUCAAUUUGGUUGUAAGGUCAUUGAUCUGAAACACAAUUUCAAUGAUGCAACCAGGCUAGCAGAUUAUAGGAACAUAGAAGAUAGAAGGAAGGGGAGGCCAUUCAGCCCUUUGAGCCUACUCUGCCAUUUUUCACGAUCAGGGCUGAUCAUCUAACUCAAUAGCCCAAUCCUGCUUUCUCCCCAUAACCUUUGUUCCCAUUUCCCCCGAGUGCUACAUCUAGUCACUUCUUGAAUACAUUCGAUGUUUUGGCAUCAGCUAUUUCCUGUGGUAAUGAAUUUGACAGGCUUACCACUCUUUGGGUGAAGGAAUGUCUCCUGAUCUUCAUCAUAAAUCAUCUACCCCAAAUUCUCAUACUGUGACCCCUGGUUCUGAACACACCCACCAUCAGGAACAUCCACCCUGUCCAGUCCUGUUAGAAUUUUAUAAGUCUCUAUGAGAUCCCCCCUCAUUCAUCUGAAUGCCAGCAAAAACAAUCCCAACCUAGUUAAUGCUUCCUCAUACAACAGACCCACCAUCCCUGGAAUCAGCCUGGUAAACCUUUGCUGCACUCCCUCAAGAGCAAGAGUAUCCUCCCUUAGAAAAGGAGACCGAAACUGCACACAAUAUUCCAGGUGUGAUCUCAUUAAGGCCAUGUAUAACUGCAACAGCACAUUCCUGCUCCUGUACACAAAACCUCUUGCAAUGAAGGCCAACAUACAUUUGCCUUCUUUAUUGCCUGUUGCACCUGCAUGCUUACCUUCAGUGACUGGAGCACAAGGACACCCAGAUCCUGCUGCACACUCCCCCCACCCAAUUUACAGCCAUUCAGGUGGUAAUCUGCCUUCUUGUAUUUGCUUCCUAAAUGAAUUACCUCACAUUUAUCCAAAUUAUACUGCCAUUGAUUUGUCCACUCCACCCAACCUGUCGAAAUCAUGCUAAAGGAUCUCUGUAUCCUCGUCAGUUUGCCCUCCAACCCAACUUGGUAUCAUCUGCAAACUUGGACAUGUUAUAUUUUGUUCUCUCAUCCAAAUCAUUAAUAUAUAUUGUGAAUGGCUGGGAUUCCAGCACCGAUCCCAGUAUUUUCACUUUUCUUUUCAGAUUUACAGUAUUGACACAACUUUUUUUCGAAAAAUAACUUUAUUUGCUUUGAAAUAUUGUCUUUAUUAGAUCUUAUAUUCACAAACUUGUUUAGAUUAGAUUCUGUACAGUGUGGAAACAGGCCCUUUGGCCCAACAAGUCCACACCACCCCUUGCAUCAUCCCACCCAGACCCAUCUCCCUAUAUCUCACACACUCCUGAACACUAUGGGCAAUUUAGCAAGGUCAAUCCACCUAGCCUGCACAUCUUUGGACUGUGGGAGGAAACCUGGAGGAAACCCACACAGACAUGGGGAGAAUGUGCAAACUCCACACAGACAGUCACCCAAGGCUGGAAUCAAACCUGGGUCCCUGGCGCUGUGAGGCUGCAGUGCUAACCACUGAGCCACUGUGCCGCCCGUUCUAAGAAAUGAAAAUAACAUUUUAAGAGCUGCGAUUGAAGUCCAUCAGCAUUAUUACUGAUCCACCUAACCCAAGAAUCUUUCUAAAAUUACUUUAUUCAUCCUAGAUACAGUUCCUAAUAAUAAUCUUUACAGCUAAAAAAGUUUGCAUUCUUUCCACAAGAAUAAAAACUGUACCCUCACUUUAGAUGUGCAUUUGGACUUUCUCAUAGACAAUAAUAUAUUUCUCCUAUUUGUUCCUGGGAAGGAUGAUUAUAGAGAAACAUUGAACAAUAUUUGAUUUUAUUGGACUAAAUUGCUUUGGGAAUUCUUACAUAAUUCUUCCAAGUCAUUGUGAACAUGAUAGAAAUUAUUAUUCCAUUUUUAUAAUGACAAGAACUAGAUAUGUUAAAUCGUUUUUAGUUGAAUUGUAAAAUAGAAUUUGUGAUUGUAAUUUAACACUAGGGGAGCUAUUAUCGUACCUGCUUUCUUAGGGAAAGUCCUGUAAUGUACUUAAUCUGUCUCAUUCACUGCCAUAGGAUGCUGAUACAAAUAAAGGGGCUUUGCCUUUAUUGCUCCUUCAGCCAAUGAGUAAUAUACAGUGCCUGAGAAUAUCCAUAUUAGUUCAUAGUUAAUCUGUAUUGGAUCUGGUAUUAGGUAAUGCACGGUACUUAAAUAAACACAUUUUUUCAACAA